AGUAUUUUUCCGAGUUCACGCGGCACGAGUGUCCGAGUUGGAAGACCGUUCAAAUCGAUUUUUCCCAGUCGGAGCUCGUUCAUUUCAGAGUUCCCAGUACUGAACGCGGAAUAUGUUUUGUCUGUUCAUUCGCGGGGCUCGGUGAAGACGUUAGGCGUAACGAAAUGCUUCGUACGUUGCAUGAUGUGAACGGAGCACGUCACACAGACAGAGAGACAGACGCAACCAAUCGGGUUGAAACAAAGGCGGGGCUCAUUCUGGGGUAUAUAUCAUUGUGAAUCGACGUGUAUUUUCGAAACAGUUGGGCAGUUGACCGUUUGAAAUUAUAUAGUCAAGACCGACGUUUCUCAGCAAGCCAUAAUAACUGCAGGUCAUACUUUAUAGAAUCGAAAUGCGUGAGUGCAUCUCUAUCCACGUUGGUCAGGCCGGUGUUCAGAUCGGGAAUGCCUGCUGGGAACUGUACUGCUUGGAACAUGGGAUCCAGCCCGAUGGGCAGAUGCCCAGUGACAAAACCAUCGGCGGAGGGAAUGACUCAUGCAACACCUUCUUCAGCGAGACCGGAGCGGGAAAACAUGUCCCCCGUGCUGUGUUUGUGGAUCUCGAACCAACUGUUGUUGAUGAGGUUCGCACCGGGACAUACCGUCAGUUGUUCCAUCCCGAGCAGCUCAUCACCGGUAAAGAGGAUGCCGCCAACAACUUCGCCCGAGGCCACUACACAAUUGGCAAGGAGAUCGUCGACCUGGUGCUGGACCGAGUUCGCAAACUGUCGGACCAGUGCACUGGGCUUCAGGGCUUCCUGAUCUUCCACAGCUUUGGUGGUGGAACCGGCUCCGGCUUUGCUUCUCUGCUCAUGGAGAGACUGUCAGUGGACUAUGGCAAAAAAUCCAAACUGGAAUUUGCCAUUUACCCUUCACCUCAGGUGUCCACAGCAGUGGUGGAGCCCUACAACUCUAUCCUGACCACCCACACCACCCUGGAACACUCAGACUGUGCCUUCAUGGUCGACAAUGAGGCCAUUUAUGACAUUUGCAGUCGGAACCUGGACAUUGAGCGCCCCACUUAUACUAACCUCAACAGGCUCAUUGGCCAGAUCGUCUCCUCCAUCACAGCUUCUCUGCGUUUCGAUGGAGCCCUCAACGUGGACCUGACUGAGUUCCAGACCAACCUGGUGCCAUACCCCCGUAUCCACUUCCCCCUGGUCACCUACGCACCCAUCAUCUCUGCUGAGAAGGCCUACCACGAGAUGCUUUCUGUGGCAGAGAUCACCAACGCUUGCUUCGAGCCAGCCAACCAGAUGGUGAAGUGUGACCCUCGCCAUGGCAAGUACAUGGCCUGCUGCAUGCUGUAUCGUGGGGAUGUGGUGCCUAAGGAUGUCAAUGCUGCCAUCGCCACCAUCAAGACCAAACGCACUAUCCAGUUUGUUGACUGGUGCCCCACCGGCUUCAAGGUAGGCAUCAACUACCAGCCACCCACGGUGGUGCCAGGUGGAGAUCUUGCCAAGGUCCAGAGAGCCGUUUGCAUGUUGAGCAACACCACAGCCAUCGCUGAGGCCUGGGCUCGGCUCGACCACAAGUUUGAUCUGAUGUACGCCAAGCGUGCCUUUGUGCACUGGUAUGUGGGAGAGGGUAUGGAGGAGGGGGAGUUCUCUGAGGCCAGAGAAGAUCUGGCUGCCCUGGAGAAGGACUACGAGGAAGUGGGAGUGGAUUCGGUGGAGGGAGAGGCUGAGGAAGGAGAGGAGUACUAAACCCUGACCUACUUACCAAUGUUUUACUGUCGAGUUUAAUAAAAGUUCUUUGGUCUAUU